AUGAGGCUGGUGUCCCUGGCGCAGUUCCUCACCUUCACUCUGCUGGUUUUCAGUGCUGGCCACAUCCUACCAGGAGUAGCACAGGGAGAAGGCAAGGAGCGGAAAGUGUGGGCCAGAGCAGGGAGCUCAGCUGUGCUGCCUUGCCACCUGAGCCCCAGAAAGAUGUGGAAGAGCUCAAAGCAGCUGCUCGACAAGACAUCCGUGCUGUGGAAGCGGCAUGGGGGAAGCGCCCAUCAGGAGACACACAUGGUGCUGGAGGUGGGCUACUCGGGCCUCCAGAAGACGGCCCUGCCCAUGAGGCCCCGGGUGUCAGUCCAGGACUCUGCCUUGCGCAACGGCAACUUCUCCCUGCGAAUCAACCCUGUCCGGAGCGAGGACGCCGGGCUGUACGAGGCGCAGGUGGCACACAACAAGGAGGUCCAGACCUGCUGGGUGGAGCUGGGGGUAAUUACAGUAACCCUCAGGUCACCCCACCCUGUGGUAGAAAACGAGCCGCUCUUGUUGAGCUGCAACUCUAGCCACCGGGCCAGCCUCGUGGAGACCCGCUGGUUCCACAACGGGCGCCUGGUCCACACCUCUGGGACCUUCUGCUCCUUGCAUGGGGCUCUCUCCAUCCUCCGGCCAGCCAUGAGUGAUGCGGGCUGCUGGUCCUGCCAGCUCAGAUACUCCGAUAAUGAGGUCAUUUCUGCCACGUACAACCUGCAAAUUCUAGGUUUUGAUGGCCCAAAGAACCCUGUGGUCUAUGCUGCAGCUGGCUCUGCAGUCAAUCUACCAUGCACCCUGAGCUACCUCCCCAGUGCCUUUGGGAUCAGCGUGGUGACAGCCCACUGGAGCCGCCUUGCAUGGGGACACUUGCAAGACCAGAGCAUCCUCCAGAAUUCGAGCAGCAGAAGCUUCCCCCAUCGUCUCCCUGUGGUGGAUCUGAGUGAUGCAGGGCAGUACCACUGUGCUGUCUCUGUAGGCAGCAAGACAAUCAGCAGGGAUGUGACCUUGGCAGUGGUUACAGUCACCCCAAGCAUCCAAGGACCGGUUUCUGAGGGAUCUCACUUGCUGCUCAUCUGCAGCCUCACACACCUCCGGGGACAUGAACGUUUCCAGUGGAGGCACCUCAGCUCAGCCCCCACUCACAGCAAGCUGACUGUGGCCACCGACCGUAACCUGGAGGGCCACAGGUCCAAGAUGGGCCCUACCUUGGAAAUACCCCAAGUGUCACAAAAGGAUACGGGCACGUGGGAAUGCAGUGUAUAUGGCCCAGAAGGCAGACUGGGAGGAGUGGAGUACGGGCUGCAGAUCACAGGUGCCCAGGUCUCCAGCCCUCCCACCAUCUUCAGUGGGCAGGUUACUUUUGGGCUCACACUCACACUCUUCCUCCUGCUUAUGGUCUGCAUUCUGGCUCUGGCCCUACAAAAAAGGGCACGGUCUCCUGCCUUCCCAGCGCUGGAAGGGAUGAUUGCAGUCACUGUGCCGAGGAAGAAGGAGAUGGAGGAGAACCAGAAAGAGAAGAUCCAGCAGACUGAGUGCUGA